CGAACAACAUUCUCGGGCGCAGAGAAAUUAUAGCCUGUAUGCAUUAAUGGUAUAAAACUGACUUACUGGAAUAACCAUUUUUGUGAAGGAAUUGAUUUUGAGGUAAAAGCAAUGGAGAGCGGUUUCUACGUUCAUCUUCACAGCGGAGCAAAUCCUACCAAUGAAGCACUCUCGAUACGUAACACGGCUACUAUGUUCUCAAGCAAACAAAACUAUCCACCGCUGACGUUCCGAGAGCAAGAACAACAGUGGGAAGUUGCGCUAGUGCGAAUAUUCUCGUCUGCUCAGUUAACACUUAUUCCAUUAGAGCAACGCCAACUUACAUUGUUUGUUCACGGACAAUUUCUUCAUGGAUUUAUGACGCAAUCUGAUUUCCAGUCUACACCAGCGAUCUUGGUUGAUGGCGUACAACGAGAAAUAACGCGUAUUAUGACGGCUUACCCUCAGUUUUCUAAGCCAAAACUUGGAUUAAAGGCAGGGAGGUUCGUUUUUGAGAGUGGAGAUGAAGGAAUACAGCUGGUCAAUAGAGGAAAUCUUUUAACGAUAGCUCUGGGAUUACCAAGAGAAGAGGGUGAUCCCACACCCGUUCAGGCAGUUGCUAAUUCUUUUGUUCCAGACCAAAAUUUCCGCAUGCAUCGAGAUACGACCACCCUUCGGAAUAAAAAUGUGGUAGAUAACACAAGGGGGAGAGGGCAGGUUAUCUUUUCAAUGAGUCACUUAAUGUCUUCUUAUGGUAAUUUAUCCGAUAAAAUUAUUGGCAUGGCCACUGUAGAUCAACUUCUGAAAGGAUAUGAGCCGUACCAUCUUGCGUACUUCCCAGUUCAGAACUGGUUUUUUUCAGCCAACCCGUUGUUUAUCAUUCAGUCUGACUGGAAAAUGCUUUGGGGCGAAGACGUUUUGGGAGAAACCACUGUGACCUUGCAUUAUCGCAAAUGCAAAUCAAGCGAUGGAUUUAAAGACGGAUUUUACGCCUACUGA